ACCACCAUCGUCGCCGCUCCCUCGAUGGUUGGAGCUCCCUUCCCACAGCCCGAUCUAGAUGCCCCUCCCUGUCAUAUCUGAGCACCACGCUCUGCCCGUCCACAACCAGCCUCCUCAAUCUCCAACCUGUUCUACAUCCCCUCUCCACCCGUCCACAAUCAGCCUCCUCAAUCUCCAACCUCCUGCAGCCGUCCCUCUCUGAUUUGGAUCAAAGUAGAUCCAUCGAUGGAGGCAGGGGAGCAGCAGAUGUGGAGCCAUCAGACGAGUAGGAUCAGCUCGGGAAACAUGAGGGAAGGGAUGGAUCUGGUGGAUGCCGGGGAGCAGCAGAUGGAGCAAAAGAAAUAAAGAAUCAGUUGCUCCCGCUGCUACCUCCCAGCCGCGUCCCACCCCGUUAGGAACGCUGCCCGGCUCCCCUGCUCCUAUCGCCCAACCUUUUCCUAGCCAAUAAUCAAGGGGUGCAGUAGAGGAGCACCAGUACCGGUGUAGAAUGCAUCUGCAGUGGUGCGGGUUGGGGACCGAGUGACGGAUUCAGGUCAAGGGGGUUUUCGGCUAGCGCAGAAGCAGGCUGCAUAAGAAUGCAAUAAUGUGAUUAAGCAAGGCAGGCGUCUGGGAAACAAGAAUGGUGAUGGCUUGCUCAACUAGAAGUUCUACAAUAAAUGGAUGGAUAUUUUCUCCUGGAAUGCAGAUGGAUGUCUGAUUGAGAAGAUGAAUCAAGCAUCCUGCUAUGAUAUGACAGAGCAGUAUGGUGAGUACAUAGGGAAGCAGCUCAACAUCCGGCAUACUACAAUUUCAAUUUCUACAAUGCAGAUGAAUGCUAUGCAUUUUUCGGUGUAUGAGUUCUUUGUGAUUUCCUCCCAUAUUUUUGAUCCAGACUUUCAUGAUACACACACAUACUAUAAACUUCAGUACUACUAAUUGCUAGCUUUAUUUGGUCAUAUCUGAUUCUCUGUUGUUAAUCCGCUCCUACAUUGCCAAGCUCAGUUUGAUUAUACAUGGAGUGUGUUUUAUUCUCUGAUGAUAUUUCCAUAUUUUUAAAUAUAUGGCAAGCAAAACUCUUGGUGUUAGUGCUUAUUCUUUUUGUUUUAGAUGGUUUACUACGGUACUUGAGUCAUUUAUUGAUUUAUUUUGGAUGUUGAAUUGUACCAUGCUCCAGGAAGUUGAUAUCUGACUGUCUAGAGUUUGUGCCUAAUUUAGAUUGACCAUGGUAUGGACCAAUCCAAGGUCCAUCAGGAUGUAGACAGUGUCCGUAAAUUCCUUCUGGACCAGUACAUCAAUAAAAAAAACAUGUCAAUGCACAACACUCCUACAUUAACCAUUCUCAACAAAGUCAUGCCUGUAUUAUGAGAAAUCAGAUCAACGUUGGUGGGCAAGAAGUUUCAGUUUUCUUUUAUAAUUCUAUUGAUGAUUGAUUAGUUAUUAGUUAUGCUCUCGAAGAAGUUGCCGAUGGAGAUAGCUGGGGUGUCAUCGUCCUUCCUUGAUCUGGGCAUAUGUGCCGGCACUUGCAGAUUCCAUCGCAUAGAGAAAUGGCACUGCUUCUGUGCUACCUAUGAUCAUUUAUGUGCUGGCCAACUUUCAUUUUCAUGCCAAGCAGGGUUGAUUAUCAGAGGGCUAGGAAAGAUGGAGCAUGAGCGGGAGCAUCGACUACGAUGAGUUCAUCAGGGUGACAGUGUACAUCAACAAGCAGUAGCAGGAGGAGCACCUGCCGGCUGCCUUUGUCUACGUCGACAAGGAUGGCAGUAGGUGCAUCACCGUAGAAAAAGCUGGAAGAAGCUUGCCAAGAGUACAACAUACAUGUUGUAUCAACACAUCAUUAGGGACAUCGACAAUGACAACAUGCGUAUGUUUAUUCACUGCAGUCUUUGUCUUGAAUUAAUUAAUUGGUUUCAGUUAAUUCCAGUGAUUAGUUUUAGGGGCUGUUUGGAUGACUACCAAUAGUUGCCUUACCAAAAUAUUGGUCACGCCCGACCCUUUUGGCCUCCACCUGGAUCACGACCAAUUUUGGCUCGCCCCAGCGCGCCCGCGCCCAUUUUCGCCAAAUCGCGGGCGAAACGGCGGCGCGGAAAUCGGCCGCCAAAAAAUUGGCAGCGCGCGAACUGGGCGUCGAGUAUAAAAGGUAGGCAGCGAAAUUUCCUCGUCGGUUCCUUCACUUUCCUCUUUUCAUCCCAGGCAAACACACAGGAGCGAGUGGAGGGCAAGAUCUGCAGCUAUCGCCAAGGCCGCCGGAUUCCUGCGACAAUACGAGCUUCUCCGGCCGCCGCCGGCGUUCCUCUGUCUCUCGUUCUCAUCUCUCAAUCCACCCACGAUGGACUUGGAUCAGCAAAAAUAUUAUUAUCUCACCAUGUUGUGGCGGAGAACUCUGUCUGUCAUUGUUCUUCUCUUGGCUCUUUGGUAUAGAAACAAAGAUGGUAGAAAAUUUAGAAGUGGAGGAAGAAAGUAUGGUCCACUAGUUGAGAGAGACAUCUACAGGACUAAUGUCCUGGUUAGGCUAAUUGACACAUCCGAUGCAAUAUGUAUCAAGCAACUGCAGAUGUCUCGAGCUGUGUUUUACAAGCUAUGCAUUAGGCUCAGGCAGAAAAAGUUGUUAAUUGAUACACUACAUGUUUCAGUAGAGGAACAAGUAGCAAUGUUCCUAUACAUGAUCGGUCAGCAUCACACAAAUUCAUCCAUUGGAUUUUGGUUCUGGCGAUCUAGUGAAACAGUGAGCAGAUAUUUCAAUAUUGUUCUUCGUGCGAUGGGGGAGUUAGCUCGUGAUCUCAUUUACAUUAGAUCAACGGACACACACACAAAAAUCACUAGCAGCCCGGACAGAUUCUACCCGUAUUUUGAGGGAUGCAUAGGGGCACUAGAUGGCACUCAUGUUAAGGCUUGUGUUCCUGCCCACAUGGUCGACAAGUUUAGGGGCCGCAAGUCAUACCCCUCCCAAAAUGUGCUAGCAGUUGUUGACUUCGACCUUCGAUUCACAUAUGUUCUAGCUGGUUGGGAGGGCUCUGCCCAUGAUUCUCUUGUGCUAAAAGAUGCCCUCACACGUCCAGGGGGAUUAAAAAUACCCGAAGGGAAAUAUUUCUUGGCUGAUGCCGGGUAUGCUGCGAGGCCAGGGAUAUUGCCUCCUUAUCGUGGUGUGCGCUACCACCUAAACGAAUUUGCUGGAGACCGUGACCCAACUACCCCAAAAGAAUUGUUCAACCACCGCCAUUCAUCACUUAGGACCACAGUUGAACGGGCAUUUGGGACUCUUAAGAGUCGCUUCAAGAUUCUUACUCAAAGGCCCUUCAUACCUUUGAAAUCUCAGAAAAGUGGUAGUUGCUUGUUGUGCUUUGCACAAUUGGAUAUUAGAAAAUGGUCCAGAUGAUUAUGUUGUGGAUGAGGCGACAUGGUAUGCCAAUCUCCCUAGGAGUACUGGGCGGGUUCGUGAUCAAGAGGCUGACAUACGUGAGUGGGCUGCCAAGCGAGAUUUAAUCGCUCAGCAAAUGUGGACAGAUAGAGAGAGUGCACGUGACAAUGAGGCUGAUGCUAUCCCAGCUUAGUAUCUUUGAUGUAUUUCCAUGUGAGGGAACAUUUGAAGGAUGUACUGUACCUUUGAUGUAUUUCCAUGUGAGGGAACAUUUGAAGGAUGUACUGUACCUUUGAUGUAUUUCCAUGUGAGGGAACAUUUGAAGGAUGUACUGUACCUUUGAUGUAUUUCCAUGCGAGGGAAAAAUUGAACGAUGUAGUGUUUCAAUUUAA